AUGUCGACACCGCCGCCCGCCCGCCUCCGCUCCAUCUACCGCUCCAUCCUGCGCGAGCUGCCUCCCCGUCCCAUCCUCUCCUCGCCCCGAAGCCAUCUGCACAACCGCCUGCGCGCCUCAUUCCGAGACUCAUCCGCCUCCUCGCACGCCCAGGCAGAGCAACUCGUUGCCUAUUUGCGCUCCCAGAGACUAUAUGUCACCCUGAUAGAGCGGUAUAAUCCUGGCAUGGAUAUGGAUGAGGAGGAGAGGGUGAGGUUGACGGCCAGGAGGGUCGGCAUGGAUAUGCCUGAGUUGUAUGGUAGAGGGCAGAAGUUGUAA